CUUUCCGACAAUUCUGGCUAAAUAGAAGGGAACACCGGUCGUCUAAAACAGGGGAAGAUAUUUAAACUCAUCAGACUCUCGCACCAUUUAGAUUCUACUACGAAUAUGGAGACAAGGUUUCCAAAUGUUACAAAAAUCACCCUACCUCUUUAUCUCAGACGACAAUGAUCAGAAUAAUCUCCAGUACACGAGCUUGAAAGACGUGAUCUCAAGUUCCGAUGGAUUUGGUUCGUUGUUUUGUCACCCACAAUACAGUGUUCCUUCACAAGAUGGGUUUCUCUUGUCCGAGAUGGAUUCUUCUAACAUCGCCAUUAGAAACGAGCUUGUGAAAAGAGCAGCUUCGAUGUAUGUUCAAUCUUCUAUGGUUGUUAUUGCUCCUGAUACGAACUGGUUCCAGAGAUUCUGUUUGAAAGCUAAGCAUCAGGCGGUUGCUGCGAUUGAUUGUCUUAGACCAGUUUGCCGGAUUUUCGCUCGGUCUAGUUAAGAGAUGUCUUUAGAAAGGGUGAUUCGAAUUCUUCUUAGUAAAUGUGUAAAUAUUGU